AUGGACCAAUGACAAUCAACUUGGUUCAGAUCGGGCUGAUGGACAGAUCGGGCCAGAACAAAUACAACAUUAUCUUAAAUAUACAACGAACUCUUACGACACGGUUUAUCGACCAAGAAGCGAUGGAAAAGUUCGAACGCACGUCUACUCAUAUACUUAGAUAG